AUGGCGGACUACCACUUCGGAGGCUCAGAAGAGGAGAAUGCGGAGUUGAGGAAGCUUGAGCUCGAGCUGGUCGAGGACCCAGACAACUUUGAGACUUGGGAGAAGCUUGUGCGCGGCGCCGAGGCUCUUGAGGGCGGCAUCAAUCGCAACUCGAAUCCCCAAGCCAUCACCACCGUUCGCAACGUUUAUGAUCGCUUCCUUGCCAAAUUCCCUCUGCUUUUCGGAUAUUGGAAGAAAUAUGCCGAUCUAGAAUUCUCUAUUACCGGCACCGAAGCCGCAGAAAUGGUCUACGAAAGAGGUAUUGCAAGUAUCUCACCAUCUGUCGAUCUUUGGACCAACUACUGCUCCUUCAAGGCCGAGACCUCCCACGAUGCGGAUAUCAUUAGAGACCUUUUCGAACGCGGCGCAAACAGCGUUGGCCUUGACUUUCUUGCACACCCUUUCUGGGAUAAAUACAUUGAGUUCGAGGAGCGUGUGGAGGCCCAGGACAAAAUUUUUGCUCUCCUUGGUCGCAUCAUUCACAUUCCGAUGCACCAGUAUGCACGGUAUUUUGAACGUUAUCGCCAACUGGCACAGGCUCGCCCUCUAGCCGAGCUCGCUCCGGCGGAAACCAUGUCUCAGUUCCGCUCUGAGCUCGAAGCUGCUUCGGGACAUGUUCCUCCAGGGGCGAAAGCCGAGGCUGAGAUCGAGCGUGAUCUCCGAUUGCGUAUUGACAGUUAUCAUUUGGAGGUCUUCUCUCAGACUCAAACGGAGACUACAAAGCGUUGGACAUAUGAGUCUGAAAUCAAGCGGCCUUACUUCCAUGUCACUGAACUCGAUGAAAGUCAGCUGGGAAAUUGGAACAAGUAUCUUGACUUUGAAGAGACAGAGGGUUCAUUUAAUCGCAUUCAGUUCCUUUAUGAGCGAUGCCUCGUAACUUGCGCCCACUAUGAUGAGUUCUGGCUCCGUUAUGCCCGAUGGAUGGCUGCUCAAGCAGGCAAAGAGGAGGAGGUUCGAAUUAUCUACCAGCGGGCCAGCUAUCUCUACGUUCCUAUCGCGAAUCCCACAAUCCGCCUACACUAUGCCUACUUUGAAGAGAUGUCGGGUCGUACUGAUGUGGCCAAGGAUAUUCAUAGCGCCAUUCUCAUCAACCUCCCCAAUCAUGUCCAGACUAUCAUCUCUUUGGCGAACCUAUGCCGACGGAACGGCGGUCUCGAGGCAGCCAUUGAAGUCUAUAAGACUCAACUGGACUCACCUGAGUGCGAAAUGGGCACGAAGGCUGCUCUCGUCGCCGAGUGGGCUCGACUUCUAUGGAAGAUCAAAGGGUCUCCGGAUGAUGCUCGCAAGGUCUUCCAGGAGAACCAGCAGUAUUAUCUCGACAGCCAGCCUUUCUGGGCCAGCUAUCUCAUGUUUGAGAUUGAACAACCCACCAGUUCCUCUACUGAGUCGACCCAGUACGAUCGCAUCAAGCAAGUUAUCUCCGAUAUCCGCUCUAAGAGCACCCUCGUUUCUGAAAUCGUCAAGGAGCUAGUUCAAAUCUACAUGGCCUAUCUUCUCGAACGGGGGAUUAAGGACACUGCCAAGGAGUACAUGAUUUUGGACCGCGAGAUUCAUGGACCUGCCUCCGUCGCUGCUGCCCGCACUGGAGGCACUGUUGCGGUUCCCCCAACCCCGGCCGAUGCAACGCCUGUCGUCGCCCCUGUGUUGCAAACUAUCCCUGACCCUGGCGCUGCGGCGCAGGCGCAGGCGUACGCUUACUACCAACAGAGUCCUGUCAAUGGUGGCCCGGCUUCUUAG